AUGGCGACUAGCUCAUCGGCACUACUCUCUCCUACAACCUUCUCCGCCGCGAUUCCCCAGAGAAACCCCAAUUCCAUCUCCUUCCACGGCCUCCGACCUCUCCGCAACCUCGGCGGAAACUCCUCCGCUCUGCCCAAUCUCUCCAUCGCCACCGGUACAAGAAGAUCUUCCUCGGCCGUCGUGAAAUCCGCGCUGAAUCCCUCCGUCGUGAUCAGCCUCAGCACGGGCCUCUCACUGUUCCUAGGCCGAUUCGUCUUCUUCAACUUCCAGAGAGAGAACGUGGCGAAACAGGUGCCGGAGCAGAACGGGAAAACGCACUUCGAAGCCGGCGAUGAUCGGGCCAAGGAGUACGUGAGUCUGCUGAAAUCGAACGAUCCCGUUGGAUUCAACAUCGUCGAUGUUCUCUCUUGGGGAUCAAUCGGACACAUCGUUGCUUACUACAUCUUAGCUACUUCGAGCAACGGUUACGAUCCCAACUUCUUUGGCUGA